ACUAGUCUUUUUUCUUUCUUAUCCUUUUCUUUCUCUCUAUAAUAUAUAUAUAUAUAUAUAUGUAUGUAUAAAAUACAUAAUAUUUUUCCCCAAUUUUUUACCUUCUCAGCUCGUUCAAUCUCGGAUUUUGUCAAAUCCCAAUCGCGCAAUCUCCUGGUGUUGUCAUGGCAUCUAAACGUAUCUUGAAGGAGCUCAAGGAUUUGCAGAAGGACCCGCCUACCUCAUGCAGUGCUGGUCCUGUGGCUGAGGACAUGUUCCAUUGGCAGGCAACAAUUAUGGGACCUACUGAUAGCCCAUACACGGGUGGUGUUUUUCUAGUUUCAAUCCAUUUCCCUCCGGAUUAUCCAUUCAAGCCUCCGAAGGUUGCAUUUAGGACCAAGGUCUUUCACCCAAACAUUAAUAGCAAUGGAAGCAUUUGUCUUGAUAUUCUCAAAGAACAAUGGAGCCCGGCACUAACCAUUUCCAAGGUGCUGCUGUCCAUAUGCUCUCUGUUGACAGACCCCAACCCAGACGACCCACUUGUCCCUGAAAUUGCACACAUGUACAAGACGGACAGGGCAAAGUAUGAAGCCACUGCUCGCAGUUGGGCGCAGAAGUACGCGAUGGGGUAAGAAGGAUGUUUCCGGCAUUUGUGAAAAGGCUUGCAAAUGCAUGAAAUCCAUCUUGGUUUAAGUAAAAACGUUGGAAAUAUUAAAAUUUAUCUAUUUUGUGCGACUUAAAGUUGAUCAAGGAAACAUCGCUCUCAUUUUGUGAAUAUUCAUUUGAAGGCAUUGGAGAUGGAAGGAAAAAGCAACUGUAAUGUAUCGUUUCUAAGAUAUUUAGUCAAUGGUUGGUUUGUUGAAGAAAUAAUGCUUGUUAAGAGCAUAAGCGCCUGGAUUGCCUGGUUAAACAUAUCCAAUUGCAUAUUAUGUUU